UUUUCCGUCUGAAGUGUGGGAGAUGCAGCGCUGUGUGCUUACAUGUGUGCAGCUGGAGGAGCGUCCUGCAGACUGGACGCGCUGCACGCAGGGCUGAAUCACACAUAUUCACACAAGUCCGUCAACACUCACUCACAUCCGACUUUGCACCCUGACAGAGUAUUGACGCCCAACGCCAUUCAAAUGAAUACUGCACGAAUCAGUUCUUUGUCCGAAAGAUUACAUACAUCAACAAAAAAGAAACUUUUAUCGGCGAAUUUUGUCAUCAGCUUUUUCUUGCAGAUGCUGAAACUGUUACAGAAGCGCAGUCUGCAUUUAUUCAAACGUGCUCUUCAGUGAAAUACAAGUUAAGAAGUUUAUCAAGAUGAGUCAGAAGCUGACUUGUUUAACUCUGACAGCCUACAGGAAACAAUGACUCACUUAUGCAUCGGGAAUCUUUCCAAGUCAAAGCACCAGCCCGUGUCCUUCUAUAUGAAAAGGCAUCUUUGGAUCAGUGCUGUGCAACACAGCGUCACUUGCAUAACGCCUUUGCAUUGUCUCCAUCAGGUAUUAGUUUCAGUGCAAGCCUUCGAUAAAUCUCAGCAUCUGCUCACACUCUGCGAUCAGUCUGAGUCCGCUCUGACGCCUGGGACAUGAUAAGGAUCUUUUAAAAAAAGAUCUCGCUUGUUUGAUGCAUUUGUUGAACAUGUGUGUGAGUGUGUAUGUGUGUGUAUGAUCCGUAGUCCGAAUUUUCAUUCUGCAAGGUUUUUUUUUUUUUUUUUUUUUUACAGGGUCAUUUAUGAUUUAGUACUAACACCAACACGUUAGGUCUAUAUCGUGUAAUCAACACUAUGGCUAUGUAACCAAAUUACAUCACUUGUAUCAGUAUUCAACUCUGGACUGGAGAUCCAGUCAGAGCUCUGUCGUGUUGUCUGUGUGGCAGCUCAUGUGUUCGCCAGCUUAUAAUUAACCAGUUAUAGGACACGGCGUGACUCAGUAUCCAGUGCUUCAUUCUUCAGGCAGUUCUCCAAAGGGAGAAUAGCAGGGUGUCCUUUUCAUGCUCCGAAUUCCAAAAUCCUUGAGGACUGAACAAGGCAGAGAAAGAAGAGGAGAAAGAGGAGUGCAUCGCUUUGUGUGACACAGUGAGAAGUGGCCGUCACCUCACCUGGAUUUGACAGAUCCCUAAUUAGGCUGGAUGGAGAAUAGAGAAGACUAGUUUUAGGCGGAGUGAAAGAGUGCAACAGAUGGAGGGAAGACGAGUGAGGGCAGUGAGGCUGGAGAGGAGGUGGAGUCACGGAGGCAAGAUGUAGACAGGUGGAGAGAGUGUUUUCUGUUCUGCAUGUUGGCAAUCUACCAUGGUGUCACUCUAUGAUUGUGUGAGGUCAUAGCCAAUCAGCAGCAGUGUCAGGACCAGAGGGGAGCGUAGCAACAGACACAGCAUGGACCUGAGAUUCAGACGGCUGUCGUCUCUCACCAGGGGAGCUCUUCAUCUCCUGCUGCUGGCCAGACUGGUGCUGCUUUCUCACACAGAGAGCAUGCCCAGCUUCAUCAAGUCACCCGACGAUCAGACGGGGAUAUCAGGAGGAGUGGCGUCAUUCGUAUGCCAGGCAGUGGGUGAGCCCAAACCUCGCAUCACCUGGAUGAAGAAAGGGAAGAAAGUCAGCUCUCAGCGCUUUGAGGUGAUUGAGUUUGAUGAUGGCUCGGGCUCUGUACUACGUAUCCAGCCUUUGAGGACCCACCGUGAUGAAGCCAUUUAUGAAUGCACAGCCACCAACAGUGUGGGAGAGAUCAACACCAGUGCCAAGCUCACAGUCUUAGACGAGGACCAGAUCCCUCAUGGCUUCCCCACUAUAGACAUGGGGCCCCAGCUCAAGGUUGUAGAGAGAACACGUACUGCUACAAUGCUGUGUGCAGCCAGUGGCAACCCUGACCCAGAGAUCUACUGGUUCAAAGACUUCCUUCCUGUGGACAUCAACAGCAGCAACGGGCGCAUAAAACAGCUGCGUUCAGGUGGUACACCAAUCAGAGGAGCACUUCAGAUUGAGAACAGCGAGGAGUCUGACCAGGGCAAGUACGAGUGCGUGGCAGUCAACAGCGCCGGGACUCGCUACUCGGCUCCAGCUAACCUUUAUGUUCGAGUUCGUCGUGUGCCUCCCCGUUUCUCCAUCCCCCCCACCAAUCAUGAGGUGAUGCCCGGCGGUAGUGUCAACCUGACCUGCGUGGCAGUCGGCGCCCCCAUGCCUUAUGUCAAGUGGAUGACCGGUGAGCUGGAGCUGACCCGAGAGGAGGAGAUGCCUAUUGGACGCAACGUCCUGGAGCUCACCAACAUCCGCCAGUCUGCCAACUAUACCUGCGUGGCCAUAUCCUCCCUGGGAAUGAUCGAGACCACAGCCCAGAUCAUUGUAAAAGCACUGCCCAAGCCACCCACUUCCCUCAUUGUGACAGAAACCACAGCAACCAGUGUCACCCUGACCUGGGACUCUGGCAACCCGGAACCAGUGUCUUAUUAUGUGAUCCAGUACCGUGCCAAACUGUCUGACAAUGGCUUCCAGGAAGUAGAUGGCGUAGCCACCACCCGAUACAGCAUCGGCGGCCUUAGCCCCUUUUCUGAAUAUGAGUUUCGUGUCAUGGCUGUCAACAACGUUGGCCGGGGCCCCCCCAGUGGUAUUGUGGACACCCGUACCAGUGAGCAAGCACCCUCAUCGCCUCCUCUUCAUGUCCAGGCACGCAUGUUGAGUUCCAGCACCAUGUUGGUCCAGUGGGAACCUCCAGAGGAGCCCAACGGCCAAAUCCGAGGCUACAGGAUCUACUACAGCUCCUUGCACGAUGCUCCGCUCAGCGCUUGGCAGAAACACAACACAGAUGACAGCCAGCUCACCACCAUCUCAGGCCUGACCACAGAUAUCACUUAUAGCCUGAGAGUGCUGGCCUUCACCUCUGUGGGAGACGGGCCUCCCUCUGAUGUUCUGCAGAUCAAGACCCAGCAGGGAGUUCCAGCUCAGCCGUCUGGUUUUGAGGCUGAGGCUGAGCUGGAUUCACGCAUCAUGCUGUCAUGGCUUUGGCCUGUUCAGGAACCCAUCAUUGGCUUUGAGCUGCUCUACUGGGAAGCCAACAAUCCCACAGACAAGCAUCAUGUCACCUUCGACCCAGCAGGCUCCUAUGCAGUAGAUGGUCUAAAGCCAGACACAGUCUACAUGUUUUCCCUGGCAGCUCGAUCUGACAUGGGUUUAGGAGUCUUUACUCAGCCUAUCGAGGCUAGGACCGCCCAGUCCACACCUUCAGCCCCUCCUCAGGAGGUACACUUGCUAAGCCUGACCUCCACCAGCAUCAAGGUGAGUUGGGUGGCACCGCCCACAGACAGCCGCCACGGGGAGAUUGUGCGCUACUCCCUAGCCUACCAAGCACUCACAGGGGAGGACAUGGAGCGUCACCAGGUGUCAGGAAUUGGUGCAGAUGUCACCAGCUACGUGCUGGAGGACCUAGAGAAGUGGACGGAGUAUAUGGUGUGGGUGAGGGCUCACACUGAUGUUGGGCCUGGCCCAGAAAGCCCUGCAGCCCGCAUCAGAACCAAGGAAGAUGUGCCUGGUGCUCCUCCCAGGAAGGUGGAGGUGGACGCUGUCAACUCCACUGCCCUCAGGGUGACCUGGAAGCCUCCCCUAUCUGUGAAGCAACAUGGCCAGAUCAGAGGCUACCAGCUGGUCUACUCCAGGCUAGAGAAUGGAGAGCCUCACGGCCAGCCUGUCAUCGUGGACGUUUCCCUCCCUGAAGCCCAGGAGGCCAUUAUAACAGGUCUGCUUCCAGAGACUACCUACUCUUUGACUGUGGCUGCAUAUACCACCAAAGGCGAUGGAGCUCGCAGCAAGGCCAAGGUUGUCACCACCACAGGAGCAGUGCCUGGGAAGCCCACUAUGAUGAUCAGCACUACCAUAGGGAACACUGCUCUGAUCCAGUGGCAGCCCCCUAAGGAGAUGGUGGGGGAGCAUGUGGGAUACCAGCUGCAGUUCAAGAGAGCAGAGGAGGAAGCUUAUACCAUCAAAGACUUCAGAAAGACAGAUGACCAUUUCACAGUCACAGGCCUCUACAAAGGAGCCACUUACAUCUUCAAACUGUGUGCCAAAAAUCGAGCAGGCAAUGGGGAGGAAUAUGUGAAGGAGAUCAGCACCCCUGAGGACAUUCCCAGCAGCUACCCCCAGAAUCUGAGUGUGGUAGGCCUGACCGCCACCUCCACCCAGCUGGCCUGGGACCCCCCUCCUCUGGCUGAGAGGAAUGGGAAGAUUGUGAAGUACAUAGUGGUGUAUCGAGAUAUCAAUAGCCAGCACAACAACACCAACAGUACCACAGAAACACAGAUGACUGUCCAAGGUUUGCAACCUGACACAACCUACGACAUCAGAGUCCAGGCUUUCACCAGUAAGGGGGGAGGCCCCAUCAGCCCCAGCAUCCAGAGCAGGACCAUGUCCACCUCCAUGCCAGAUCUUCCCCCAGUGUUCACCAAGAACUUUGGUGUGAAGGCUGUGACGAAAACCUCUGUCCUGCUGACCUGGGAAGUGCCAGAAACCUACAAAUCUCAAGUGCCUCUCAAGAUCCUGUACAACCAACAGAGUUUGGAGGUUCAAGGCAACCUGAAGAGGAAACUGAUCACACAGCUGCAGCCAGAUACUGAAUAUUCCUUUGUGCUGAUGAGUCGGGGGAACAGUGCUGGUGGCCUCCAGCAGCAGGUUUCCAUCCGAACAGCUCCAGACUUGCUGAAGAUGAGACCUGUUCAAUACCAACAUGAUGUAGAGGAGGGUGGCAGAGUCACCAUCAGUCUGCCGAGGGUCCCUGCUGGAGCCAGUGUCAGGUGGUACUACAUAGUGGUUGUCCCUGUCACCCCGGCUUCUCUGAGCAGAUGGGAGAACCCUGAAGACAUGGACAUACAUGAGCUCCUUGAGGCCGGUGCUGACAGCAGUCUGCAGAGAAAGAGGAGACAAAGCCAAGACUUCCUGCAGCCCUACAUUGCAGCCAAGCUGGACGCUCUGCCUGAGAUCUUCACUCUGGGUGAUGAGAAGAAAUACAAUGGCUACUACAACAAACCCCUCCCUGGCCAGCAGCAUUAUCGCUGCUUUGUCCUGGCGGACCUGACGGACCACGAGUCUCAGAGAACAUUUGCAGCCAGCCCCUUUUCUGAGCCCAUCAAGGUGAAGCUCUACAGUGGGAUGACUCGACAAACUGAGGACCCAGAGAUGCUGUGGGUGAUGGGUCCAGUCCUGGCUGUCAUUCUCAUCAUCAUCAUAGUCAUUGCUAUUCUACUCUUCAAGAGGAAGAGAACAUCUCCAGCCAAGGAUGAGCACAUGGCAGGGGUCAAGGACUCACUGUUGGCCCACUCUUCAGACCCCGUGGAGCUGAGGAGACUCAACUAUCAGACACAAGGUUCCAGUGCCCUCAGCUGCCUGAACACUCCAAGGAUGAGGGAACAUCCUCCCAUUGCGAUCUCUGACCUGGCAGACCACAUAGAGAGACUCAGGGCCAACGACGGUCUGCGCUUCUCUCAGGAAUACGAGUCUGUUGAUCCAGGACAGCAGUUCACCUGGGAGCACUCCAACCUAGAGGUCAACAAGCCAAAGAACCGCUAUGCAAAUGUUAUCGCCUAUGACCACUCCAGGGUCAUCCUCACACCUGUGGAUGGAGUUCCAGGUAGCGACUACAUCAACGGCAAUUACAUUGAUGGCUACAGGAAGCAGAAUGCUUACAUUGCCACGCAGGGGCCGCUGCCAGAGACACUGAGUGACUUCUGGAGGAUGGUGUGGGAGCAGAGAACCUGCACCAUUGUCAUGAUGACCCGUCUAGAGGAGAAGUCACGGGUGAAGUGUGACCAGUAUUGGCCCAGUCGAGGCACAGAGACCUUUGGAAUGAUUCAGGUGACCAUGCUGGACACUGUGGAGCUGGCUACGUACAAUGUACGCACAUUCGCCCUCUAUAAGAAUGGCUCGAGUGAGAAGAGAGAGGUUCGACAGUUCCAGUUUAUGGCCUGGCCUGACCAUGGAGUGCCUGAGUAUCCCACCCCAACACUGGCCUUUCUACGCAGAGUCAAAGCCUGUAACCCUCCAGACGCUGGACCCAUGGUGGUCCACUGCAGUGCUGGUGUGGGCCGGACGGGCUGCUUCAUUGUCAUUGAAGCCAUGCUGGAGAGGAUGAAACAUGAGAAGACGGUGGACAUUUACGGUCAUGUGACGUGUAUGCGAGCUCAGAGGAACUACAUGGUGCAGACAGAGGACCAGUACAUAUUCAUUCACGAGGCCCUGCUAGAAGCUGCAACAUGUGGCAACACAGAAGUUCCCGCCCGCAACCUUUACGCCCACAUCCAGAAGCUCACCCAGAUCCCUCCUGGAGAGACUGUCACCGCCAUGGAACUGGAGUUUAAGAAACUGGCCAACUCUAAAGCACAUACCUCAAGAUUCAUCAGUGCCAACCUGCCGUGUAAUAAAUUCAAGAACCGCCUGGUGAACAUCAUGCCUUUUGAGUCCACCCGUGUCUGCCUGCAGCCAAUCAGAGGAGUGGAGGGCUCAGACUACAUCAAUGCCAGCUUCAUUGAUGGAUACAGGCAGCAGAAAGCAUACAUGGCCACCCAGGGCCCGUUAGCCGAGACCACUGAGGACUUCUGGAGAAUGUUGUGGGAACACAACUCCACCAUUGUAGUCAUGCUCACCAAACUCCGCGAGAUGGGAAGGGAAAAAUGCCAUCAGUACUGGCCUGCUGAGCGCUCUGCACGUUACCAGUACUUUGUUGUGGAUCCCAUGGCUGAGUACAACAUGCCUCAGUAUAUCCUGAGAGAAUUCAAAGUCACAGACGCCAGGGAUGGUCAGUCGAGGACCAUCAGGCAGUUUCAGUUCACUGACUGGCCAGAGCAAGGAGUGCCAAAAACUGGGGAGGGUUUCAUCGACUUCAUUGGCCAAGUUCAUAAAACUAAGGAGCAAUUUGGACAAGAUGGACCAAUCACUGUGCAUUGCAGUGCUGGUGUUGGGCGGACUGGUGUGUUCAUCACCCUGAGCAUUGUUCUGGAGAGGAUGAGGUACGAGGGAGUGGUCGACCUGUUCCAGACCGUCAAGAUGCUCCGUACUCAGAGGCCAGCCAUGGUGCAGACGGAGGACCAGUACCAACUGUGCUACCGGGCUGCUCUGGAGUACCUGGGAAGCUUUGAUCACUAUGCAACAUAACCCCAACCAGACAGGCACCCUCCGAAGAAUUUGGUGUCUCCUCUGAGCCAUAUCCCACUCAGCUCUGUCAGUUCUGCAGCCUGAUAAAGAGGUUACAAAGAGGACUGAUGAGGAGGUGACCACAGCACGAAAUAGGGGAGAUUAGAGGAAAGGAGAGAAGGGACAGGAUGACCUCCUGCUGGACUGGUGCUUGAUUCUGCCACAGACCCAACACCAAAACCUCCCAAAAGCCAACCUUGAAAGACUGGUAAUCAUGCCUCAUUCUGAUUCUUGACUGAAUACUCCCAUCCCUCCCCAAUGUCUGCCUCCUUCUAAUAGCAAAAACUAUUUUUCUGCUAUUUUCAUUUAUAUUCAUCAUUACUAUGUUGUUACGAAUAUUUAGAAAUGAUUUUGUAAUCACUUACACUGGUUAUUAUAUGUCUUAAUGGGUCUUUUUUUUAAUUUGCUUAUCUUUUAUUAUUUUUAUUAGCACAAAGGACAUGUAUUUUCAACAAGCUCAGAGUUAUUAAUACUGAAGAGCAUAUACUCACAGCUGCUAAUAAAUUUAUUUUGUACCAUACAUAUGAUAUUCUAAUGUUACCAUUACUCAGUGGCCCUAUUUAGAGGGAAAUGUGGGUUUUGACUUUCUGUCAUGAUAUCCAACCGAAUGAUGAUGAUAUCUACCAAACAGAUUACAUUAAGAGAUAACGUUUGUGUACCACAGUGUGAAAUAAAUCUAUUGCUAUAAACAUACAAUGACUAUUCACAUCUGAACAACUGCUAGCAUGUACAGAGUUUCAUAACUGUCCCUAACUGUCGACUGAUUUUAUCACAGCCCCCAGAGAUCUAGAGAUGUUCAACAAAAGACAUACUGGUCUUUUGGAAAGGUUGUAUGCACAAUAGUCUUCAUAUCUGUUCUUAACAUGGACUCAGGUAGACUCAACACAUUGACCCAGAGAAUUGAAACCCAGAGAACUCCAUGCUCCAUGCAUGAAAAAAAAAUCCAUUAUGAAACAAGAGAUGAACCCCAGCACUCAAAUUGAUGAUGUUUUCCACUGAGAGCAAUAGACCAAGACUCAAAGCUGAAGUUAAAUCGAAUUGGUUUAGUUGCUAAACCUUGAAAGAUUAGGCUGGCUUUAUUCUGUAGUUGUCUUUUUGUCAACUAAUCCCAUGAAAAGAUCUAAACCACCAAUGUGUUAGUGUGUCUCCCAGUACUUUCUGACUUCCCUUCCCUGUGUAUGGCUCUCAGCACCAAGCUGUUCCUACUGCAAACAUCCAAUUUUUCCAUCCAUUAUCUAUAUGGCUUAUCCUUAAGCUUAUCCUUAGGCUGAAAUACAGGGUCAGCUGACAUUGGGUGAAAGGUGGGGUUCACCCUGGACACAUCACCAGUCUAUCACAGGGCUGACAUGUAGAGACAAACAACCAUUCACACUCACAUCCACACCCAGAGUCACCAGUUAACCUGCAUGUGUUUGGACUGUGGGAGGAAGCUGGAGAACCCAGAGAGAACCCACACAGGAACAGGGACAACAAACCAGGGUUUGAACCUGGAACUUUCUUGCUGAGGUGAUAGUGCUAAUCACUGCAACACCAUGUUGCCCCUACAUUUAAUUUUUAUUUGCAAAAUAUGUCCCAUGAAACACUGGCACUGUAGUUUGUGGUGGAUUAUUUUCAAAACAUUUGGUGCUCUGCUAUUUGGGGAAGCAGGAUAGUGUGUGUGUAAGACUGAGGAACAUGUCACUCAUUGCAACAGUGUGGCUGACUGAUGUGUUUUAAUGGUUUUGGACAUUAAUGGCACUCUGUGGUACAGACUUUGAUAUGCACACCUAUCAGUACAAUCAAUUCAUUGUUGGCUUGGGUCUGCACAAGGGAUUUCUUUAUACAGAAUUUUUCCAAAACCACUACAGUUCACAGCUGAUUUUUAAAGUAUUACCAGUGAGUUUGGAAAAAAAAAAAUAGGGAUUUCAGGACACUGUUAGAUCAUAUGAAAAAAGUAUGAAGGGCCAGCACAACAAAAUCCUCAAAAAAGAAAAAAAAAUCUCAAUUACCCUUAUGUUGCUAUCCAACAUCCAUAUCUGAGGGGUUACAGGGAUGCUGGUGCUACCAAACAAACAGACGUUUUAUGGUUUGAAAAUGCUGUGUCUAACUUCCUCUAACAUGUAGUCUGCUUUUCCAUGCUCAUAGGCAUUUCACAAAAUUUCCACAUACUGCAUUGACACAAAAAUAGCCCAGCUGUUGUCAAGUAAAUGGAGCAUUGACAGUGCACCACAAUAUUAUGGAUCCUCACAUGCUGCACCCAAUAUAAUGACAUUGACAUUAUACAGGGAAAUUAUUUAGUGAUCCCCACAUUUCUGACUUUUCCACUCACCUAAUGACUUGUACCUUUCUGUUUGCAUACAUAGUUUUACAUAGACAUGACAUGCAGAGCAGUUUACUGGAUCACUGUGUUGCAGAUGGACAGACUUGUAACUCAGAGCACCAUUAGUGUUCACUGGUGGAUCUCAGUGAUUUUCACUGGAUGAGAUGACAAAGUGAGAUGGUUUUGGAUGAAGUGGGGUCGUGCUAUAGGGGUCUUAUCUGUUGUAUACAUGUUCUGUUUUCUAUUUGUUAAUAAAAAGCAAAGAAAAUGUCUUUAAAACUUUGAUGUUAAUAAAGUUGAAUAACUGGG